AAGAUGGAUUCCUCCAUAACCACUUUUGACCUUAUCAAUGAUGGAUGAAUACCGGUUAUAUAAUUGCUUGCAUUCACAGAAAUAAACGUUGAAAAACGAGGCUUGGUAGCUUUAGAAAUACCAAAAGUAUUAAAUUAUGAUAAACAAGUCGCUAAAGAAUUUACAUGUUAAAAAUAUUUUAGGUGAGGGUUCAGUCCAGUGGCAGUGGAGUGUGGUGGGUGGGAAGUGUGACUACAAAAACUAACUUUUAAGUUUUUUACUAACACUCUUAUUCUUUUAUAUUGAUUUAAUAAUCAAUUGGACCUUCAAAAUAAAUGCUCAUAGAUCUAAUACUAAUUUUGUCUUUUUAUUACUCAACAAUUACACUCGAUAGUCAAUACAAGGACAUCAAAAAUUAAUUUUGUGUCUGUGUGUCAGUGUUGUGGGAAGGAAAAGUAAAAAUUUAAUAAAAUUGAACUAUCAAUAUACUAUCAAGUCAGAGAUUAAAUAACAUCCAUGCGAUUAUGAUUAAGCAUUUACAAUUUCUUUACCAUAUCUCUUAAGUCUUGGGGAGAGUGCUUCUAUUUAAGUUAUGAGAUUUUCCUAGGCCAGUGCCCGUCAAAAGAGCCAAAAUUCAGCAGCAGGAUGAUUGAAUUUUUUUGUUGAGAGCCAAUUUAUUUUCAAAUCCUGUCAAGAACCAUAUUUUUCGAAGUCAAAACCGAUUUGUGGUUGACUUGCAGGUCACUAAAGCUGGGUGGUUUUGCCGACCACUGGCAUAGGCCUAUCUAGUUUUUCCAUCUUCUAUAAUAACUGUAUUCUUAGCGAUCAGAGGUUUGGGGCCAUUUAUAACUGAUGUCACAUAUUUUGACAGAUGACCACCCCAUCUCAAAUUUCACAAAAGUUAAACACCCUGUCAAAAGAUGCAAAUUUGUGACCCUCCACCCUCAGUGUUUGAUGUCUAGGGCUCCCAUGCCCACACCAGUUUGGAAAAUCCGGAAUAGUCAGAAGUUCCUUAGCUUAUUUUCCCACUCGUAAAAGCCAGGAAAUCAAGCCUUCUACUCUAGUAAGGAAAUUUUGUCGCUAGCAGGGAAAUUUUCAAAUUUGAAAAGGAAAAUAUAGGCCUAAUAACAAAUUUGGAUUACUUUAAAAGGGAUAUUAAUUGCCGAUGCCUAUUUUUACCCCACUGAUUUUACCAAAGCGCUAGUGGUUUCCCCUUACAUUCCCAUGCGUUUUGAAAGUUUUGGAUAUGAAAUUUGGUACUGUAAUGAGAAAUAAAAUUUUGUACCGUACUGCUUUGAUGAUGUGAUUUUUUUUCUAUUUAGUUCGAUCAACAGAUUUUUUGGGUAGGCCUACAUAAAGUGUAAAAUAUACUCAAUUAUUAUUUAAAUGUAGUAUAGUGUUCAAUCACUGUCUAAGAUGACUAAGCUGUCUAAGCUUAGCCUACUUUGUUUAGUCAAGUUGAUUUUUAAGGUUUACAGCAGACCUACUUUAAAAAUACUAUGCCUUAUUCCUAUUAGCAAUAAUAAUCGUACCGAGUAAUAAUAGAAGCUUUUGGUAUUAGUAUUAGUUCUACCCCAUGACCAAAGAAAAGGAAUUUGAUUUUUAGCUUAAAAAAAAAUUGUAGGCAUUUUUCUAUAACAUAUAAUUUUAAACAGAGCUAAGUCUUUAAGUUAACUCUAAGUAUACAUUACUAAAUAGGUUUAAUAAGAUGAAGGUACAUUAAGUUAUUUUGUGAUAGGGACCAACCGGGUAGACAUUUUUACCUGGUACCAAAUCAAAGUUUUUGGGACUACUAUUUGCAGAAUCCGAGUACUAUUUAUUCAAUAUAAUCAUUAGCAGACCUGUUUUCCCCUGGGUUAGUGCCAGAGUAACUGUGAAGACCAAAAAAGUUGUGGCUUGGUUGUCCACCUCCAACCCUGAAGAAAAUCAUGGCUAUGCCACUGCAAAUGUCUGUCUUAGUAUUUCUUCUGUAUGAGUUUGGUACUGGUAAGAUAUAGUCUUUACCAUGUAUGCCCUACUAUAAGCCUAAUAUGAUAAUAUAUUAUAUUUUGUUUCGUUAUGCAGGGUCUAGGGUAAGUAAAAUAAUUCCCAAAAGUUCCUUUAAAGACUGAUGUUUAAGGUCAGCAAUCAUGAUUGCCAUCAUUGCUGCACUAUACUGGAUUUAUUGAUAUCAACUUGAUAUCCUGAAGUUUAAUCCUGAAGUGUCAAAGUGUCCCCUUUUUAUAGCCAUUUUCAUUGUUUCUAUAGAAUAGUAGUUACUAUCCUAGUGUCUCAUUUGUAUUUACUUAGUUUACAUGUUUUAAUAAUUGUAAAGCGCUUAGAGCUUUAUGAUAAGCGCUAUAUAAAAAUGCCUAAAUAAAUAAAUAAAUAAAUAUCAAGUAUAUUUGCAUGACACAUAAUCUGCAUGACACAUGCAAUCUGGAGAGCAGUUUAAUCAACGUCUUUCAUCUGAUCAGACUUCAUCUUGUUCAAACAGCUUUAUCACCUCACGUUACGAGUCCACUUCUGCAAUUGCUCUCGCAGGAUCUCAAUUUAUAUAUCCACUUGUGAAACCCUGAUAUCAGAGAUUUUAUAGACAAUAAAAUGUGUUUAAUAAAAAGUAUCCAUUUUCAUUGCAGAAAAAAACAUUUACUCCAUGUAUGAAAAGCUGGUGUAAUUUUUGCUAGCUUUACAUAUGUUCUAAAAUGCCCCGGAAAACAACUUGCAAAAGUUUUCCCAGCACUAUAAAAGUAAAAUUUGCAAGACUAAGUAAAAUGAAAAAUUGCAGUUGCUAAUCAUUGCUAGAAAAUUUAAUACAUAUUUACAUGUAUACAUCUUUAUUGCGUCAUAUUGUUUUUACUUCUAAAAUUUCAUGCUUUUUUUAGAUUAUCAAUAAAACCGUCAUGUUGCGAUAGUCAGGAUUUUUUGUUUUUUUUGGGAAAAAAUAAGGAAUUUUGUUUUUAAAAAUAUAAGGGGAUCCUAGAUGUCAUUUAUGGAUGAUCAUUUUUCAUCAUCCUUUCUCAAUGGGAGGCACCUCAAACAAAAAUAAUUUAUCCUUGUUACUGCAUUGUGUAAUUAUUUAUUAUUUGCCUUAUGUCUCUUUUUAUCAAGCUUUACCAUGGCAAGCUUAAGAGUGGGGAUCAGUUUUGGUCACUCCAGGUGGCCAAGAGCUUCUACUUUAAUGACAGUUGCCAGGAACCAACUGUAUACCUCUAAGCAAAGUUCAGUGUUGCCAAACAGCUACACAAGACUCCAAAUUACUGAUAGGUAAACAUUAAAUAUGUUACCACGCACCCCUGCGUCGUCCUGAAUGGAAUUUUAAAAUAAACUGCUGCUAUCUCAAAUGCUAUUAAGCAAUAUUAUCAUUAAAUUAUUUAUGUUGUUGCUUUAUUUGCAAUGUCUCGCACAUUAUAUGUUAAAUAAAAAAAGCUUCUAAAUUAAUUUCAUUCAUGAAAUAAGUUAACAGCUUGAUGAUACAGGGAGUUGGGGUUAAAUUUCGUCAUGAAUAAGUUAACAGCUUGAUGAUACAGGGAGUUGGGGUUAAAUUUCGUCGUAACAUUUUUCAAUUAUUAUAAUACUCUUCACGGCAGACACAGUACUUUAACAUUAAUGUUUUAAAGUUUUUCCGCUCACAGAGUAAAUACGGAGCAUGCACACAGUCAUGUGUCUGCUUGUUUCAUGGCAACAAAGAGUAUGAGUGAGGUGGUAAGUUCAAAAUUUCUAACUUAAUCAAAAUGAUGACAUUAUAUUAUAUAGAUGAUUAUCAUGUUUUGUUUGUUAUAAAUUACAUUUUUCAUUAGCUGAAAGGUUUUGUAUAGGAAUGACAACUCAUUAAUUUUAUAUAUAUGUUUUUUUUAAAAAAUGACAUGUCGCGUCUACCCUCUACUGUUUGCAUAUCAUUUUGAAAAAAUAAUAUGUAUUGCAAUUUAAUAAGAAGUGGCAUUUAUAUAUGCACUCACUUAACUAACCUGGCAAGACAUCAAUUUAAAAAGUCAGGAAGCAGCAAACCAGAAUUUUAGUAGAUCUGAUCUCAGCGCAUUCAGUUGUCCCAUUGAACAUUGAAGCAUUUAUAUUGCUAUUUUUUAAAAAUUAAUUUGAUAUUUUUGGAAAAAUUCAAAUUAAGGAGAGUGCUAAGGUUGUUGAAUGUAUCUUCGAUUUUUGUACAGCACCCAAUGAAUCAGCUUAUACUGACCCACAUUACAGAAGACUCAUCUUUUAAACUCCACUUAUGAAUGUGUUAAAUGUUUCACAAAAGAGCAGUGGUGCGAGAAAUGUCCUGAAUAGAGAGGGGGGCUUCAAAAAGUGUUAAGAAAUGGGGAUGAUUAACAUGUUCCUAAUUGUGUUAAAAGUAAAAGAUUGAGGGGCUGGGCUGGGGCUCCCAUUUCUCAUAAGUGAAUACAGUAUCCUCUCUGCCUUCAGACUUUCUUUCAAUUUGUAAAAUUUAUUCAAGAGCCAUUUUAAUUUGAAAAUUUUAAGCUUGCUGAUUCUUGAUAUUCAUAAAUAGUUCUCUUUCUUUUAAAUUUAAAGAAUCCUUUGUCAAGUAAAGAACAUAACAAAGCCGGAGUGGAGUCCAAAUCUGUGGAUGAAAGCAACAAUGGACCUACCAAUAACUCGGCUGAAGAUCAGGAUUUUUCUGAAGUCUUAGCUAGAGUUGAAAAAUCAUAUUCAAAAAGUGUCAUAAAAGAUUAUGAGUUUACGCUAAAUAACUUGGAAAAGUUGGUUGCAGAUUUAGAGAAUAAAGGAAAAGCCGUUGAGCUGAAUGAACUCUUUUCCGAUGAUUUAGAAUCUAUUGUGAAUGUAGUUUUAACACCUUCAGCCCCUCCUUACAUGAGGCAGAAAUGUGCGGCCCUAUUUUUGUCACAAAGCUCUGAUCUGCCGCUGACGGAAAAACUGUUGAUGCAGACCGUUUCUGAUGCGAUGACUGUCCCAGUGAACGUUUUGGUUAGCAUCAUUCAGGCGCUGACGGCAUCAGCAGAAACACCUUUGAGGAGGAACGUACGCAAGGAACUUGUGACGGUUGUUGUCAACAAGCGGUGGUAUGAGAUACCGCCAAAACAUAUUGUGUUUUUUCUUUAUCAGCUUGAUGGUCUUUUUGAAAUGAAGAGCAUAACUCAGGAGCUGCACAUGAGUGGGCAUGCAAAGAACCAAUGUCAGGAUGACACAGCUCGCCAUGACGCAGGGACAAACAAGGCGAUCCCUGAUGUUGUCCAGUCUAUAAGGAAAAACUCCAGCGAUGAAAGUAUGCCCAUAAUGAGUGCAAACCUAGAAGCCAGAUUACUUCAAAUAAUGGACGAGAUAAAGGCCAAAGACUUAACAAGGGUUGUUAUUUUACUGGCCAAGUGGAGGAAUCGCAACCCAUCCAUUCUUACAGCGGUGGUACACCGCUUGAGUCACGUGGACUUCAGUGACUUUAACUUCAUUCAGCUGAGCAAUCUUCUGUUUGCAUCAUCUCUCCUCAGUUUACAAAACAACAAGUUCAUCAGUGAGCUCACCCUUCACCUUUCGCAGCUUGUCCCGCCAUCACCAUCUUUAGCAUGUUCUGUGCUGAAUUCACUUUCCCACUUGCGGUGGAGGGAUCUAGAUCUGAUCUCUUCGUGCCAGAGGAAUUUGAUAGGAAACCUGGGCGGCCUGUCACCAAAAGAAGCCACUAAUCUGCUCAUGUCUUUAGCCAACUUGUCAGUUCUACCAUCCAGUCAUCAAGAAAGUCAGUUCAUCAGAGGUUGGUAUUGCACUUAAGUUAUCAAAAAAUAUUUACCUACACAUUCAUUUAGAGUAGAUGAGGCUCUUUAAAAAAUUUUUUUUUACUAAUCUAUAAUAAAAUGCAGCGCCCAAAAUAUUCUCUUAGACUCUUAGCAGAAAUGUAGGAGUAACUAGGGAAUGUUUCAUGUGAGGCAUUUGUAAACGGAGGGUUAUGCAUUAAAUUCAAAUGAAGUUUAACUCAAGAUGAAUGAUUCUUUAAAUUCAAAGGAAUAAGAAAAUUUUUUUUAGUAUUUCAUGCUCCUGUUAAAAAUUCCACAUACUUAAUACAUUUAAAUGUUAACUUCCAUAAGAUGAUUGUGAUGUACAGUUACAGUAUUUAACUUCCAUGAGAUGAUUGUGAUGUACAUUUACAGUAUUUAACUUCCAUGAGAUGAUUGUGAUGUACAUUUACAGUAUUUAACUUCCAUAAGAUGAUUGUGAUUUAUAGUUACAGUAUUUAACUUCCAUGAGAUGAUUUUGAUGUAUAGUUACAGUAUUUAACUUCCAUGAAAUGAUUGUGAUGUACAGUUACAGUAUUUAAUUUCCAUAAGAUGAUUGUGAAAUACAGUUACAAUAUUUAACUUCCAUAAGAUGAUUGUGAUGUACAGCUACAGUAUUUUUUUACUUGUCUUCAUUACUUUAUUUUUUAUUGAAUGCUAAUUAUUACAUAAACCCUAGCUGUCAUGACAGUGUAGUGUGUAGACAAUCUAGUUGUCCAAACAUGCCAUUUAUUUAGGUUUCAUUUGUUAAAUUCACAGAUGUAUGUAGGCAAGCUGAGGGACAGGGCAUGACGACCACUGAUCGAAUUAAGCGCGCUUGGUGUUUAGCUAUCUUAAAAUCUUUAGAUGCUCAACAGGCUGAACUUUUACUAAAUCCAGACUUCGUCCAAAAUAUUUUAGGUAAAUACAUGGCUUCUUUUAAUUCUCUUGAAAAAAAAAGGAGUUUAAGCUAAAGCAAAAUUUCGACUUUGGUAAAUGGAUCAGAAACAUCCUAACUAAAUAUGAAGUAAUUUUGCAAAGUAAGAAAUUCACAAAAUGUUUCGUUCUUUCAUUUAUAAUUUAUAAUUAAAACCGGGAUUGCUUCUAGAUUGGUACAGCUGGUAUGGUUGUUUUGACAAGCUAUUGUGGCUGGUUGAUCAGGCCUUGUAUGGCUGGUUGAUCAGGCCUUCUAUGGCUGGUUUGACGGGCUUCGUCUGUGGCCAAUAGUGAACUGUUAUGGCUACUUUGAUUGUAGUUAACGGUUGCGGCUUGUAUGGCUGGUUAGCCUGUUUUAACUGGACUGCUGGUUUAACGGGAACCUCACACUGGUCAAUCAUAAAGCCUAGUAUGGUUGAUAUAUUGUGGCUUUUUUGAUGAGCCCCCGCUGUGGCGAAAUGUCGUCUAGGGGUAGGUCCCCACCGAACGGCCACAGAAAACGAUAUCGGAGUCUACAACUCCCUUACUUUCUCGCUUCAAAUAACUUCACAAGAUGGUUUUGAUAAAACAAAUAUUCUUUAAUUAUUUACAGAAUAAACACAAACCAACAUUAAUGUUGUUCACAAUGUAUGAAUGAAAAACUUCUGUCCAUCUUCACAAAUGUACCCAGCUCAAUAAACAUCACCCACUCACUCCCUAAAGAAUGUCUUCCUUGUGGCUCGUAAAAAAAUAUGCGUCAUAGUGCAUUCAUGACUUAGCAAACAUGGUGUGAUAUAUGGGGAAGUUACAAACGAAAAACAUUAUUGUUCACUGAAAACAUUAUCAACACAGACACAAACAUAAUCACAUGAUCCGACCGUGACACCACAGAUAUUUGAAAUGCAUCCUUACAAAGUUACCACCCACAGUGUUGUUUGUUAGUUGUAUGAGCCACUUAAUAUAGAUUGUUUACUUGUCAAUUUUUAAAUGACUUUUUAUAUUCCUUCUAAUUACUUAUGACAAUUGGAUUGACUGUAUGAAAUACGAUUUGUUGUUUCCACAGUUUCAGGAGGUGUACACACACAGUUAGACCUCCAGAGAUUGUCUGUGAUAAACAUGGCUGCUAAAUUUGAGAUCAACAAUUUCAAGGGUCAAUGUCUUUCCGAUGAAAUUUUAAAUUCCACCAAAGUAAGUUUUUGCUGCCUGAAGAAUGUAAGUUUAAUGGAAACAUUACUUGGUUAACCCUUUAGAGACAGAGUCUUUUUGGACUGCCUGUGCCAAAAAGACAUAGGCCUUUUCACAAGCCCUGCACUUGCUUUGCCAAAAAGAUUUAUACAAAAUAAACUAAUUACUUAACAAAGUUAAAACUAUAUAUAUUCUCGUAGGGAAUAAAAUAAACUAAUGCAAUCUUAAUGAACCAAACUGAAAUCUCAAAAUUUAUGCAAAUGAGAUCCUGCUUUGCAUAAUUUAUGCAUGCAAUUUUUUUUUUAAACACUUAGAAUAAAAUUGUCUUACUUGCAGAAUUUUGUUAAAUUGUAAGAUUGUUGAAACCUAAAUAAGUCCUAACCCAUAUUUGAAUGUAAUUCAAUGUGCAAAACUGCAUAAAAUAUUCCCCUGUGGCUUCUUAUGCCUUUUAGCAUAUUUUAAAGUCACAUAUUUUUGGAGGAUUUAUAGGGGUCACUAGGUAAAAAAAAAAAUUGAUAUAAAAUGACAGAACACUGUAAUAUCAAUGGAAGCCACCAAUCAAAUGGCAAGAUGAACAAGAAAUGGGAGAAGAAAUCUGGUUAGCUGGUAUGAAGACCUGCCAACCAAUCUCAGGGGUUUUAUUAUUGGGCAGAUAGAUCAGCCUUUCCUCUCUUUUGCCAUAACUUUGGACUAGUAGAUCGGCCCAGCCGUCUUAACAAAGUUUAACAGUUGUUAUUAAAUUAAGGAUUAAUAUGUUAUAAGAUUAAUUUACGCCUUUCUGUUAUUAAAUUAAGGAUUAAUAUGUUAUAAGAUUAAUUUACGCCUUUCUGUCAAAUCUAUUGGAACCCCUUUUUUUAAAAAACUUGGAUUUUAAUUAAAUUAUGCAGCUUAAUAUAAUAAAUGCAAUCUUAAAUGAAGCUGAUGUCAACAAAUCUUUUGUUCUUAGGUCAACCAUAAAAAAAUCAAAACUUUGUCUCUGAAAUAUUCUUGAAAAGACAACUACUGUGUACUCGAUAAGAAAUGGAAUAAAACAAAUGGGCAAUAAAUAAUAGUAACAAAGCCCAUUCCUGACCCAGAGGUACCCGGUUUCCCUUUUGUCUGGGGGGGUUGUCCAAAGCCAUUAAAGAAAAUAAUAACUUACUGUUACAACUUAACCUGUUUACCUUUUUAAAUUUUUACCUUCAUGUACAUACUAAUUAUAAUAAAAAAAAAUAAAAAACACUAAUAAAAGUCAGUAAAUCAAGGGGCACACAACCUGUUAGAGUGGAGUUGUUAGCCAAGCAAGGCAAAUCCUCUGAGAUGAACCCAGAGGAGACAAAACCUCAUCCCCCAAAGUCAGAUGACAUCAGCCAAUGUUCAACUUGGCCUAGGAUUGAAAACAUCUGCUGUCUAUUUUAAAAAAAAAACAACCUAAAAAUAGCUUGGCUGCAGCUGAUGGAAUAAUGCCAGAGUGUAAAACAAAAUAAUCCAAAUAGACUUGUCGAUCAAUUUUUAGAAUUUAACAUAUUUUUAAAUGUAUGAUAUUAGGCGGCGAGUCUUUACACUGAAGGGAAAUGUGUCUAAAAAUAUUAAAGGAUUUGGUUUGAGAGUCAGUGUUAGACUUGGGAUAUUUUUGUCAAGAGUCUCUAUAAUCAAAUAUGUUUUCAUUUUUCAGAUAAAUUAGUUUUUUGAAAAGAAAAUACUUAGUGUGGGUUAAUUAUCAUCUUUGUUCAUAGAUAUAUCAUGUUUUGUGAUCACAUCAUAUUUGGUAAUUCAGUUUAAACUUUUCUAAAUUUAAAAAAAAAAAGUAGAAUUAAAGAAUUAUACUAUAAUUUAUAGCAUUAAUAUAGUUUAUAAUAAAAUUAUACUAAAUUUCUUAAUUAAUUCCGGUAUAGGAAAUAUAUCAGGAGCUUCAAUGGCUUGACUGUCAACUCUUCCCUUUUAUUGUACAUGUUUUCUUUGCCAGAUAACCACAUUGUGUAGUGAUGAAACGCUCACAGCGGCUCUUGUAAAUGUGCUGAGCAAAUUUGCUGAUCUCAAAACUUACACACAGUUGGCUGUACUUGAGGGGGGUACUGGAAUUGGUGGGUCAACUUGUUUUUUUAUGUUUUUUUUUUUUUUUUAGAUUGGUUAGGUCAAUUAUGGGAUUUCGGGGGGUCAACUUGAGAUUUAGGUCAAUUGGUGGUUUUAACUUGGGAUUUAGGUCUUUUUGUGGGUUGACAAAACUUACACACAGUUGGCUGUACUUGAGGGGGGUACUGGAAUUGGUGGGUCAACUUGUUUUUUUAUGUUUUUUUUUUUUUUAGAUUGGUUAGGUCAAUUAUGGGAUUUCGGGGGGUCAACUUGAGAUUUAGGUCAAUUGGUGGUUUUAACUUGGGAUUUAGGUCUUUUUGUGGGUUGUUAGUGGGUCAACUUGAGAUUUAGGUCUAUGGUGGCUAGCACAACUUAUGUAGUAUGUAAUCUUUAUGUUUUUUUGUGAUAAUAAAACUUGUCUUCUUUUUAAAUAUAACGUUUACAAUUGAACUAGUAACUUGAAAAAAAUGUCUCUAUUAGCUAUUCAAUGUCGCUGUAUGACAGUAUGAGUUAAACUGAAUUGAUGCCAACCCUUAUGAUACAUCAAAUGAAAUGUUGUUCAAAGAUCUUAAUAGGGCUACUAAGUCAUUUUGCUGAAUGAUUUCAGCAACGAUAUUGCCACAUUAAACACAUCAUUUUUAUAUAUUACUUGUACCUUUGGAGACUCAUUUAUGUGGAUGACUUCAUACUACUUGUAUCAUCCUUGUGGUCUUAUAGAGUAAAAACUCUCAUAGCACUGAUUUUUAAAAAAAAUAAUAGGUAUAUUCUUAAAUUAAAACCAAUUGGAUGUUUUAAUUUUAACAUUAAAUUACAAUUGCUGUAUUGCACUAUAUUUAUUUACGAAAGAUGCUGUCAUGAAUGCCACAUCCGAUGGUGAUGUCAGACCACUGACACAAAAUAACAAGAAAACCGGAACAGAAAGGGUAUUCAGGUAAAUUUCAACAAUAUUUGUUACUAAUGGAAUGUUUGUACACAUUACAACAAAUGAAUUAUUGAUAAGUCUGUAUUUAAUUAGAAGAAUUUAUUCAUUUCUAUCGUGAGAAUCAGUUCCACAAUUUUAUUUAUUUAAACAAUAUUUUUUAAAUCACGUAAGGAACAUCUCUCCUACCAAGGAGUCAAAAUGAUCUCUCCUUUACUGUUCAGUACCUUCUUUUAUUUUCCUCUGGUUAUAAAAUAUUGGUAAAGCUAUGUUUUAUUAAAAACCAUGUUUUAGAUCAGCAGUCCUCAACCUGUGGGUCGUGACCCCUUUGGUUGUCAAAUGACCCGUUUCCAGGGGUCGCCUAAGAUCAUCGGAAAAUACAUAUACUCUACAGUUAUGAAGUAGCAACAAAAAUACGUUUGUCACUUUUGUCACCACAACAUGAGGAACUGUAUUAAAUGGUCACGGUGCUAGGAAGGUUGAGAACCACUGUUUGAGAUGAUUUGGCUUGAACUCUCCAGCUGAAUGAAAUUACCAACUAGAGAUCCUUGGUGAGAAAAUGGACAAACUUGCCACUGUUUUUUUUAAAAAUAGGAACAGGAUACCUUGCGCAUCGGAUAGUCAAGUCACCUGUGCGAUGUUACGUUUCAGCGUUUACCAAACUUUUUUUUAUUCGUGGCCCGAUUUUUAUUUACUUCCUUCCCCUUCUUGGCAGACUAAAAGUUUGAUCGCUUAUUCUGACCCUGUAGGUAUGGUAACACAAAUUUGAAAGCUCAUACGGUUGUUAUGUUUUCAACAGAAAACAUUUACUCUAACACAAAUUUUAAAGAAAUCAAACAGAGACCUGUUAAAUAAUUUGUUAAUGGUAAGUGUGAUGAUGCCUUACAGAAAAACAUCUAAGUUUGGUCUCAACUCUUCUUGAUCUCUGUCCACUUAUUAAGGUAAAUUUUGUGUUGGUUAUAAGCAAAUUAAAUGUUUUUUAAUCCGGCCCUGUAGAAGUCACAAUCAACCUACAAUGAAUCUGAUCAAAUAACAUUUGGCAAAGAGGAUGGUGCUGGAGAAGAGCAGCACCCGGUGCGAAGUCUGAAAAUGCAGCCCUUCAGAUAUAGAGGAAAAAAAAGUACAGCCACAAAAUGGUCAAGUAUAAAAACAAUUUGCAGCAAGAGCUCAUUUCAACCCAAACACCCCCACACGGCCCAGGUCCUCCGCAUGUGCCUGGAGACAUGUCGGGUUGACUGAUGCGCUUAUCUGGUACCUCUUUGCAUCGUACCACUCAUUUCUUCUCAUUCCAAAUGAUCUUUUCUGCCAUGUGGCCACAGACAUAAGGAGUGUCUAUGAUCUUUUCUGCCAUGCGGCAACAGGCAUAAGGAGUGUCAAUGAUCUUGGGAAAAGAAAACUAGAACUCUUUUCCGAUAAAAGGCCAAGACUCUGUUCAUGAUUACCUCUCACACUCAAGAGCUCAACAGUUAUUCAUACCACACAAUUAUUCGUCAAAAGUCUCGCCACAGACUCAUUUUAAGGAACAAUGAAAAACUCAAACUAUGAUUUCCAGGACUGAAAAAAAUAUGUACGAUGAAUGAAAAAAAAAAAUUUCCCUUUAUUUGGAUAAAUAAAAGUAUCUUAUCUUAUCUUUACUUUCCAGGAUCGCCUUACAGUUAAUUCCAUUUACUGGUGUCACCAACCCUUCCUAUUUACCCACUGGACCCUAUCAGCUGGUCAGCAGAUAUCUGAAACAUUUAGGUUACGUGCCUGUGCAGGUGAGCUCUUGAAAUUUAUUUAAGCGAAGGAGAUGGCGUUGUAUAACAUGCACGGCUCAGAAGUAAAUCGCUGAAACAUUCAAGUUUAUAGAAAGUUUAAAUGCACCCAUAACUUUGCUAGGUGGUCCUUUUUUUUUUUAAACUGCUGACUGUAUCAUACUAUUUCCAUAAUAUUUCAAUCCAUCCAUCCCUGUGGCACUACAGCUCUUGUAGGGCUUUGGCCUGCCUCACCACUUCUUUCCACUCAGACCUAACUGAUGCUUUUUCUUUUCCAUGCUUGGAUUUUCAGCUUCUGUAGAUCUUUUUCCACAUCAUUCAUCCAUAUAAACCUGUAAGUCUGCUUUGACUUUGAGCCAUUUUCCACUGGGGUUUUGUUGGUGCACACUCUUCACUCCUCUAUCAUUGGGCAUUCUUUCCAAGUGUUCUGCCCAACGUUGCCUGCCCUUUUUUUAUUUCUGCUACUAGCGUAGGAUCCUGAUAGACUAUACAAUUCCAGGUUGGUUCAUAUUCUCCAUCCAUAUUCAUCCUUUGUUGGUCCAUAUAUUUUCCAGAGAACUUAAUAACAUAAUAUUUACUUUGGAUAUAUAUUCCCAGUCGAGAGAUAGCAAAUGCAAGUUUGGGCUAUUUCAUGUUAUGUUGCUUUGACCGCUAUAUUCAAUAAAAUCCUUGAAUUGUCUGUAUUAUAUUUGAGAAUUAUCACACAUUUUAUUAGGCUCAAUUAAAAUAUUUAAAACCCUGCAAAAGGUGUCAAAUAGAACAUUCUGUGCAUUCUUAAAAUUAACCAAAUAUUUUUGCAAGAAAUAUAUAUUUUUUUUAAUUAAUUUUUUUUUUUAAUAAAGAUAUCCCCCUACCCCAGCUAUUAUUUUUGUUUUGCUUUUUUGGUUGAUUAAUUUAGAGAUCUCACUAACUUGAAUGUUUUUAGGUGCUGUACUCUGAUCUGAAGCCAUCCCUAGGUGUACUAGAACAAAUCAGCAAUAUUAGGAGUAGAAUAAAGAAAGCUUUAGUAGAUAAUAAUUAGACACAUUUACGCGCAGGCUGGCGAGGCAGUGGUUCAAAGAAAAGAAAUGAACAGAUGUUAAUUUCUGUGAUGUCUGGAAGGCGCAAGUGAGAAAAAUGUAAUAUUAUUUUCUUGUAGAAAUAAAUGAAUUGUUCAGUUUUA